AUGCAAAUCAAAAUGCACAUCUCCAACCAACCCCCAUCCUCCCACUCCAAAAAGCCACACUUCUACUUCGCCUACGGCUCCAACCUCUCACCAACCCAAAUGUCCCACCGCUGCACCAUCAACCCCUCCGUCUCCGCCAAACCCCUCGCCAUCGCCUCCCUGUCCCACUGGCGCUGGCACAUCAACGAAGCAGGCUACGCCAACGUCCUGCCCCCGCGCGGUCUCCGCAUCUCCUCCCAACUUAGUCCCGUCGCGGAAAAGAUUCCUGUCUCCGGGGUUGAGGAUGCUGUGUAUGGGGUUCUGUAUGAGAUGGAUGCUGGGGAUGAGAGGAUUUUGGAUGGGUAUGAGGGGAUUGAUCGGGAGGCGGAGGUUGUGCAGCCCGGUGGUGGGAUUGAUGUUGAUGUUCGGCCGAGGGAGCAGGGGGGGGGGGAUUAUAAUAAGUGGUAUGUUUCUGCGGAUGUGGUGAAGUGGCUGGAUGAGGAGGCGAGAGCGAAGUGGACGGGCAUGGACAUGGAGAUGGAUGGUGAGAAUCAAGGACUAGGUCAAGGGAAAGUGCGGGUGUUGGUUUAUGUGGAUGAGCAGCGGGUGCUGGUGUCGAAGCCCAAUGCAGAGUACAUCCCGCGGAUGAAUCGGGCGAUGCGAGAGGCGGAGCAGUUGGGGGUUAGUGGGCGGUGGUUGGAAGAGGUAUUGAGGAGGUUCAUUCCUGAAGAGUGA